AUGGAGGUGGGGACGGCGUGGAAGAGGGCGGGAGGUGGAGGCAAUGGAGAGAAUGAUGGGGAGGGGAAUCUGGAAGAGGGGCACGAGGGUAUGAUGGAGUUGAGUUUCGGUAGUGGGGAUGGAGGUGGAGAUAAUGGAGGGAAUGACUGGGACGAGGGUGUCGGAGACAUGGAAGGGACUGUGGGAGACGAUGUGGAAGAGAUGGAAGAGAUCAUCGAAGAGACAUUGGAAGAGGGAUCUCAAGACGGGGGAUCUGAUCAGGGAAGUGCUUCCGCAGAUGAGAACGAGAACGACGACGAUGACGAUGACGAGGCCGACUUAGAAGACGAUGAGAGCCUCGCCAGCGACGAGGACUUCUCUGACCACUGGUCCCAGGCAUCCGAACUGCAACAACGCGGCUUCACCUUUCGUGAUAGCACCGAAGACGAAACUAGCAGCAUGUUCAGCUACUACGAAAAGCAGUCCUACGACCCAGGCAAGCUCAGCCGAGAGGACGUCCAGUGGUUAGAUCGCAGCCGGGUCUUAGCGCUCAAUAGAGAACUGGAAGGCCGGAAGAAGGCGUUCUUGAGUGAUGAGAGCACGCAUUGCACAUAUCACGCCUACGAACCUGAGAAGGAAGUUCCCUCCUUCCCUGUUCAUGAAGCAUGUUUCAAAAUCCUGACAGAAUGCUUCGCCACAGAGAAGAGGCAGAAAGUCGACAAAGACGUCUUGUACGCAGUCAUGCAGCAAAACAUGGAGAGUAUGGCCAGGAAAUUGAGUCUUGACUAUGGUACGAUCGAGGGCGCAGAUCAGUUCUGGGAGUGCAUCGCUGGUGAGGAGUGGGUCGCUAUGGAUCCGGCGACGAAACCUGGGAUCGAAGACGUUGUGAAGAGCAUGCUGCCUGCUCAGCUAUUUGACCGACCCGCUGCACAGUCGCGUAGUCUGGCGCACAAGGUGUGCGAUGAUCCUCUCGCGACACUCCCAUAUGACGUCCUACAUGGGGUCUUUGCGCAUCUUUCGCUCAAGGAUACGCUCUCGCUUAUGAAAGCUUCAUGGCAUGUUCUCGAAUCCACUCGCGACGCGACGUUCUGGAGACUGAUGAUUCGGGUACACAUCACGGAUUUCUUUUGGGAACUCAAGGAGUUGUUCAAGACCACCACGUUCCCCGAAACGUUUGAUUGGAAAGGCAUGUUUCAAUGGCUUGAUCAAACCACUAGAGGCAGUUUCGCUAUGGAAGGCCCGAUGAUGGCGAUCGCUAAUCGUCGCCGCAUUUGGAAUGUGUGCCAACAACUGGCACCACUAUACUACGAGAAGCUAGAGGCUGAAGCAUACAUUGACCCUCCCGACGCUGAUGCUGAAGCUAUCAUGAUGAAUGCAAAGGUCUAUCACUCAGCUGUCACCAUGUUUCCUAUACCCGCGGAGACGAGACCGGCCACAACACAGUUCAUUCGAUCGUGGUCGGAAAUCAGUUACCGGGCUUGCGACUUCGACACCUACUGGAGCGGAGAAUACGGGCAUCUGAUCGGUAUCAGCGUGGACUUUGGUUCUGAGAAGCGCGUCUUUGGUAGCACCGAAGGCGCGCCUGGUCAAAGUCUGCACAUAGCCGCAGAGGAUUGGAUCAAAGAGAUUAUGGUCUCGUCUCGGCCAAUACAUGAGCGUGGAAAGUUUGAUAGGGAGAAUGGGGAGGAUGUGGGUCCGAAGGAUGCGCGUAGUGCUGGGCCGUCGAUGAUUCAGGGCAUGGAUAACGGCGGUAUAAGCAAACUCGGCCUCCUACAAGCCCCCGAUCCAGCUCUCCCGCCUACACCAAGCUUUUUGUGCUACAGCCCAUUCCAAACCUACCUCUGGACCGGCAGCGGCGAAAGCACUUGGCGCUCCAUCACCGGCGGAGAGCCCGUCUGGUCUCACCCGCAUUUCACCGUCUUCACAUUUCCAGCUCCGACGUUUGCCAUCGAACCAGCAUUCCUUCAUCCAGACGAUCUACCGCACAGCGUUUUGCUCUUCGCUGCCCAAGAUCCCUCAGGAUACUCUCGCUUGCAGCGCAUCUCCGCCAUACAGAUUCCCGAUGAGCACAGCAAUGAAAGCAUCAUAGGCUUGGCAGCUUUCCAACCUGAUACAAGGUGGAAUCCUCCCGGCGUUCCUCGCGCUAAGCACGGGCAUAAUUGGCACAUUGGUAGCAAAGGACCUGUGUCAGCAAUGAUGGGCGAGAAGUGGUCAGAGGUCGAGACCUUUGAAGAUUUGAAGCUGUGGGACAGUAUUGAGCACUAUGCAGAGGAGUAUAUGCGGCAUUUUGAUAUCGAUGGGGCCGGUGGGGAAGUUGUGGUAGAGGUGCAUGUCACGAAGGAUCGCAGGAGCUUGCGGCUUGUUACCAAUCGGAGAAGAGAAGGGCAGUUCGGUGAGAAGAGUGAGGGGAAGGAGUGGGAAGACGGUAAGGUCGCGGGAGAAGGAGAGAUGAUCAUCGGAGUGACGGCAUGUUUCGGGAGACUGAGCGGUUGGAGUCCGACUGCGAAGAUGUGGAGUCAUUGGGGCAUGACUGAUUUGGGAGUCGUUCUAACCAAAACCGAAAGGAAGUGA